AUAGGGGUCGGCGACAUCACGGGGCCUGCCGCCGAUGUUAACCUCAUGGGCUACGCCAACCCGAUGCAGACCGCCCAGGGGGUCCACACCCGCCUGUCCGCCCGGGCCUUCGUGUUUGCAGAGCCGGAUAACCCUAGGCGCCGGUUUGUGUACGUGUCCAUGGAUGCCUGCAUGGCCUCUCAGCUCGUCACGCUGAGAGUCGUACAGCGGCUCAAGGCCCUGUACGGCGAGGACCUGUAUGACGACAACAAUGUGGCCAUCAGCGGCACGCACACACAUGCCUCUCCCGCCGGCUUUCUGCAGUACUUGUUGUACGACAUAACCAGCUUGGGAUUUGUGAAGGCGACGUUCGAUGCCAUGGUCGACGGCAUCGUAACGGCCAUUCAAGCUGCCCACGAGUCCCUGCGUCCCGCCAUUCUAACCCUGGCUAGGGGGGAACUGGAGACUGCCUCCAUCAACCGCAGCCCCACAGCAUACCUGGCUAAUCCGGAGGACGAGAGGGGCAGGUACGACACAGACGUGGACACGGACAUGACGCUCUUACGGCUGACGGACGCCGUCAGUGGCGCAGGCCGGGGCGCCUUGUCGUGGUUUGCGGUGCACUGCACCUCCCUCAACAAUACCAACCGCCUGGUAUCGGGUGACAACAAGGCCGCGGCGCAGCUGGCGAUGGAGUGGUGGGCGGCGGAGGCGGAGGCUCGAGCCGCGAGCCUUACAAGUGCUGCUUUGACGGCGGGGCAGUCGCCGCUGCCGUCGCUGCCAAGCGCGGCGGCGGUGUCGGCGGCGGCAGCGGCGGCCGCCUGCAGCGCCGCGCUAGGACUACGGCCCGAACUGACCGGAGAGUGGUUGGGAGUGAAGAUGACGGGCUUUCUUCGCUUCGAGUCGGAUUUUGUUGCUGCAGUGGCUCAGUCCUCAGUGGGUGACACCAGCCCUAACACGGGUGGCGCCUUCUGCUUGGACACGGGCCUGCCCUGCGACCCCGCCACCAGCACCUGCAACGGCCGCAAUGAGCUGUGUCACGGCCGGGGUCCCGCCUGGCCGGACGACCGGGCUUCCGCCGCCGUCAUUGGGGGCAAGCAGUUCCUCGGGGCGCGGAGAUUGUACGAAGAGGCGGGAGCGGGGCCGAAGGGGGCGGGGGGAACGGGGGCGCAGCUGCUGCAAGGCCCGCUGGACUUCCGGUCCACCUUUCUAGACAUGGCCAACAUCACUGUGGCGGCCUCCCCCUGGAGCACCCGACCCGGCAGGACGUGUCCACCCGCCAUGGGGAUGAGCUUCGCAGCGGGGACCACAGACGGCGAGUGUCCCGGCGCAUUUGACUUCACUCAGGGUGACACGCGGGGGCCGCCCCUGUGGCGCCUCAUUCGUGGUCUGGUUCUGCCACCCUCCCGGGAGCAACAGACCUGUCAUGCUCCGAAACCCAUACUGCUGGAUACAGGGCAAAUCACAGUGCCGUACCUAUGGCAGCCCCGUGUCACCCAGAUCUCCCUGUUGCGGCUGGGGCAGCUGGUGAUAGCGUGUGUGCCCGGGGAGUUCACCACCAUGGCAGGAAGGCGCCUCAAGCGGGCACUUCGGGAGAGAUUUGCUGCCGCGGUGGGUUCGGCACGGUCGGGGUUUACAGGCGACGGAGGUCCGGUGGUGGUGUUGUCGGGCCUUACGGGUACGUACAGCAGCUACGUCACCACCUGGGAGGAGUAUCAGGUGCAGCGAUACGAAGGCGCGUCUACGUUGUACGGCCCACACACCCUCGAUGCGUACAUACAGGAGUUUUUGCGGCUAGCGGACGCCAUGAUAGAGGGGCGGCCUUUGGUCAGUGCCGUACAGCCACCGGACUUGGAGGCGGACCAAGUCAGUUUGCUGGGCCCCGUGGUCCUGGACUGGGUGCCCCCGGGGGCCUACUUCGGGCAGGUCACGGAGCGACCCAAGGCCAGCUACCAGCCGGGACAGACAGCCAGAGCCACCUUCAGGGCCGCCAACCCACGCAACAACCUGCGCACUGGCCUCACCUUCAUGGCGGUGGAGAUGCUAGCAUCGGCCUGCAGUGCCGGCGAGUGGCGGGUGGUGUAUGAUGACCGAGAUUGGGUGACCCGCUUCAACUGGCACAGGCCUCACUCACUGUCACCAGAGUCAUUCGCCAGUUUGGAGUGGGACAUCGCCCCGGGUACUCCCGAAGCCACCUACCGGUUCAGGUACUUCGGAGACGCCAAGAAGGCACUGGGUGGGGAAAUCACGGCCUUCGAGGGCUGCUCAGAGCCGUUCCGGGUGGAGAGGGCGGGGUGA